AGUACGACAAUUAUUAUUAAUUAAUUGACGGUCUUGUCUGCGUACCAACUCCUGCCUAAUUUUCAAAUCCACGAAGCAUCAUUGCUGAGGUUGGACUCUUCUCUCCUUCAACGAAGUUUCAUUCUUUAUUAUUUGCACUGAAGAGAUUCUUGUCUCUCAAAGUCAAGGUAAUUUUGUGCCCAACAUGCUAUAAAUAAGCACCCCCUCCAGCACCUUUAGUUCAUUGCAACGCAUUGCUUUUGUAAAUUCUUCAUACCAAAAUUCCCAUAACACUACUCAAAAGACUUGACGCAGCCCUCACUUCCUCCCUGACUUGGAUUUCAUCAAUUUAUUUACAUCGAUAUAUACUACAUUAUUCUAAGGACAACAUAAACAUAGACUCUAUGGGGCUCAUGACCGUGGACCAGACUCAAUUAUUGUCCAAGAUAGCCAUCAGCGAUGGACAUGGUGAAGGAUCCCCAUACUUUGAUGGAUGGAAGGCUUAUGAUGAAGACCCCUUUCAUCCCACCAACAAUCCUAAUGGGGUUAUCCAAAUGGGUCUUGCAGAGAAUCAGCUUACUUCUGAUUUCGUUCAAGAUUGGAUGCUAAGUAACCCCGAGGCCUCUAUUUGUACUCCAGAAGGAGUAUGGGAUUUCAGAGCCAUAGCUAAUUUUCAGGAUUAUCAUGGUCUACCAGAGUUCAGAAAUGCCGUGGCUAAAUUCAUGGGUAGAACGAGAGGAAAUAGAGUGAGUUUUGACCCUGACCGCAUUGUGAUGAGUGGUGGAGCAACUGGAGCACACGAGGUCACUGCUUUUUGUUUGGCAGACCCUGGUGACGCCUUUUUGGUGCCAAUUCCCUAUUAUCCAGGUUUCGAUCGGGAUUUGAGGUGGAGAACAGGAGUUAAACUUCUUCCAGUUAUGUGUGAAAGCUCUAAUAACUUCAAGUUGACAAGGCAAGCAUUAGAAAGUGCCUAUGAGAAAGCCAUAGAGGAUAACAUAAGAGUAAAGGGCUUGCUUAUUACCAAUCCAUCAAACCCAUUAGGCACUGUCAUGGACAGAAAAACACUAAGAACUGUGGUGAGUUUCAUCAAUGAAAAGCGUAUCCACCUUGUAUGUGAUGAAAUAUAUGCUGCAACAGUUUUCAGCCACCCAAGUUUCAUAAGCAUAGCUGAGAUAUUAGAGGAAGAAACAGAUAUUGAAUGUGAUCAUAACCUCAUUCACAUUGUUUAUAGUCUUUCAAAGGAUAUGGGGUUCCCUGGCUUUAGAGUUGGCAUCAUAUACUCUUACAAUGAUGCUGUGGUCCAUUGUGCACGCAAAAUGUCUAGCUUUGGAUUAGUGUCAACACAAACUCAGUAUCUUUUAGCAUCAAUGCUAUCUGAUGAUGAGUUUGUGGAAAGGUUCCUUGAAGAGAGUGCCAAGAGGUUAGAAAAAAGGUAUAGAGUUUUCACCGGUGGGUUGGCAAAAGUUGGCAUAAAGUGUUUGCAAAGUAAUGCUGGUCUCUUUGUGUGGAUGGAUUUGAGACAUCUUCUUAAAAAGCCAACACUUGAAUCAGAAAUGGAGCUGUGGAAAGUGAUUAUUCAUGAAGUUAAGAUCAAUGUUUCACCUGGUUCUUCUUUUCAUUGCACUGAACCAGGGUGGUUUAGGGUGUGCUAUGCUAACAUGGAUGAUGAUAGGGCUUUGCAAGUUGCUUUGCAAAGAAUUCGCACCUUUGUGCUUCAAAAUAAGGAGGUUAUGGUAUCUAAUAAGAAACCAUGUUGGCAGAGUAACUUGAGGCUUAGCCUCAAAUCAAGAAGGUUUGAAGAUAUCAUGAUGUCACCUCACUCCCCAAUACCUCAUUCACCUCUAGUUAAAGCCACAAUUUGAAGAAAUUAAGAUUAUUUGGUUCUUUGAUUUUUAUUUUGGCAAGAUGCACAAGUGUUAGAUUUGUUCUUUUUAACAACAAUAGCAGGGAAUUCUUGAUAUUGUUUUUGUGACCAACAUCACAGUCUUUCUAGUAUGGAGGAUGCCUUGCGUCAUUCAACUUAUGCUGCUAGAUUCAUCAUGCAUGCCCCUUCAAUCUUGGGGACAUUUUUUCUUUUUUCACUUAAUUACCAAAUAAUGGGUUCAUGGUGAAAGAAGUUUAUAGUUUUUGUUUAGUUAUUGGUUUAUAUUAUUAGAAGAGUCCAAAGAUGUCUGUAUUCUGUUAAUGAAAUUGUAAGGCCAAUGAUGAAUGAAUUGUUAGUAAAGGUCUUCAAUAUACAAUACCCCCACCCUAUUUUUGUUUUUAAGUUUAAACAAGGAAAGUUGAUAUUGCAAAAUGGCCACAGAAAAAGAAUCAUUUUAUUUUAUUUUUUCAAUUUGUCAAAUAUUCAUUUUACAAGGACUCACGAAUUCUUGGAUAGAAAAGAAAAGCUUGUAGUCUCGCACUUCUUCCAAAAAAAUCUCCUACACGUUUUCUUCUUUAUUUGUUCAAAGACGAGGCUUCUUAUAUUUGAAUAAACAUAUCAUAUUUAUAUAAUAAAA